CAAUCAGCUGGUGACUGUACAUAUUUGGAUUUGCUGUUAGUAUACUUGUCUUGUUAUAAUUAUUAAUUACAUUGCAUUAUCUGUUGAAAUUUACAGUCACACUCAUUUUUUUUAAUCUCCUGCUGUUCCCUUCACUUAUAGUUUUCCGCGUGAUUGAUAUAAUUCGAUAAAUUUUAAAUAAAAUACCAUGGCUGUACCAUGUCAUUUGACUAAAAUAUUCAAGCACAUUGACUCUAAGAAGCAAGUUUUCAUUGACCUACUAAAGGAGGCGGUGGCAAUCAAAUCAGUCUCAACAUGGGCAGAGACACGCCCUGAAGUUAUAAGAAUGGUCGAAUGGGCUAAAAAACGUCUAGAGGAUCUUGGGGCUAAAGCCGAACUUAAAGACAUAGGUAACCAGCAGUUCGCAGAUGGAACAGUUGUAAAAUUACCUCCAGUUAUUUUUGCACAACUUGGCAGCAAUCCAUGUAAGAAAACUGUUGUUGUUUAUGGACAUUUGGAUGUUCAGCCUGCCCACUUAUCAGAUGGGUGGGACAGUGAGCCUUUUGAGCUAACUGAGAGAGAUGGGAAGUUGUUUGGGAGAGGCUCUUCAGAUGAUAAAGGACCAGUGUUGUGCUGGUUCCAUGCCAUUCAGUCCUACAAAGAUUUGGGUAUUGAAUUGCCUGUGAAUCUGAAAUUUGUUUUUGAGGGUAUGGAAGAAAGCGGUAGUGAAGGACUUGAUGAGCUACUAAUGGCUGAAAAGGAUAAAUUUUUCUCAAAUGUAGAUUAUGUUUGUAUUUCUGAUAAUUAUUGGCUAGGUAGAAAUAAACCAUGUAUUACUUAUGGGCUGAGAGGAGUUUGCUACUUCUAUAUUGAAGUGACUUGUGCAGCUAAAGACUUACAUAGUGGAAUCUAUGGAGGAACUGUACAUGAAGCAAUGAGUGACCUUGUUCAUGUAAUGAAUAGUCUUGUGGAUAAAGAAGGAAAGAUCCUUGUCGAAGGAUUAUAUAAUGAGGUGGCCCCAUUGACAAGUACUGAAGAGCAAAUAUAUGAAAAAAUUGAUUUUGAUGUUGGUGAAUAUAAAGAUGACAUUAAGGCCCCAAAGUUGUUACACAAUGAGGUGAAGGAGAAGAUUCUUAUGCACAGGUGGAGGUACCCAUCCUUGUCUCUACAUGGUAUAGAGGGCGCAUUUGCCGAACCCGGCCAAAAAACCGUAAUUCCAUCCAAAGUGAUCGGCAAAUUUUCCAUAAGAAUCGUGCCUAACCAAACCCCUGCCAAAAUUGAAGAAUAUGUGUGCAAAUACGUUCAGAAAAUAUGGGAACAGAGAGGAAGUCCCAACCAUAUGAGAGUGCACAUGAUCGAUGGUGGCCAUCCCUGGACUGAAGAUCCUAGCCACAAUCAUUACCAAGCAGCCAUAAAAGCAACCAAAUAUGUUUAUAAUGUCGAGCCUGAUUUAACUAGAGAAGGUGGUUCGAUUCCUAUUACAUUAACUCUUCAACAAGCCACUGGGAAGAAUGUUCUGCUUUUACCUGUAGGAGCUGGAGAUGACGGAGCGCAUUCUCAAAACGAAAAACUGGAUAUAAGAAAUUAUAUAGGAGGAGUAAAGCUAAUGGCGUCGUAUCUUUAUGAAGUGUCACAGCUGUAGGGAAGCAAAGGGGGCAUUUUACAAGCAUUUAAGUCUAAGUUUGUAUUCUUUAAAAAUCGACUGUUAUUAUUUAUAUGCCAAAAUAUAUAUUAUAAAAAGUU